CGACCGAUUUCAUUUCCCCAAGCACGAGCCCUCCAACAUAUAGACCGCACGGCAAAGGACCGCUUUUCCGGUCUGUCCUGUGAUACACCAUACAACGAGAUUCAAGUGUUUGGAGCUUGAAUUUCAGUCACUCUUUUGUCCCCAUCAUCUUAGAACCAAGAAUACCCCUCCAGCCCCGCCGGCGGCAGAAUUGAAGCAGUAUGGGCCGCGAAGACCAGAUCGAAGAGCGCGAAGUGCUCGACUCUAUUUUUCCCGAAGAGAUCACAGAUAUUUCUGACACCUCAUACCGGAUAUCAAUUGCUCUGGAAGCACCCGAAAAUGACGUCGAAGAAGCAGAGCAGCCCGUCCUGAUUCUGCAAGUCACAUACCCGGAAGAUUAUCCCGAUGUCGCCCCCGAACUAGAGUUAACUGCGCCUCCGAACGCACCGAAACACCCCCGACUAGAUAUCCAGGAGGAUCGCGACCAGCUUCUCGAGACUCUGCAACCGACUAUCGAAGAGAAUCUGGGUAUGGCGAUGGUAUUCACAUUGGUUAGUGCGUUGAAGGAGAGUGCCGAACUUCUUAUGUCAGAGCGCGUAAAUGCCGUUCACGCUGAAAAAGAGCUGGAGGCUGCGAAGAGGGAGGAGGAAGAGAAUCGGAAGUUCCAAGGUACGGCUGUUAACCGGGAGACGUUCUUGGAGUGGCGGGACAAGUUUAUGAAAGAGAUGGAGGAGGAAGAGAAAAGGAAGCGCGAAGAGAAAGAGGCGGAGGAGAAGAAGGCAAAUAAGAAGGCCCCGGGCAAGGAAGAGAAGAAGCUUACGGGCAAGCAGCUGUGGGAGAGAGGACUUGCUGGAAGGGCAGACUUUGAUGAGGAUGAAGAGGAUGGUAUGCCGGCUGCUGUGGAGAAGAUGAAGAUAGCUGCUUAGAAGCCUGGUGUCUUUAGAUGAGAUUCCUAGCAGAAUCAAGCCCCCUUCGUGAUAAGACCAAGCCACGACUCAUUGGUUUCUAUGAUUCGAUCAU